AUGGCCGGCCUCCUCCACCUCCACCUCCAGCUCCAGUCCACGCUUCUCCCCUCGGCGUCCGCGCUCCGCCGCCGUGCGGGCGCGCCGGCGCCGUCCUCGUCCCGCCGCCGGUGCCGUGUCGAGGCCAAGAUCCGGGAGAUCUUCAUGCCGGCGCUCAGCUCCACCAUGACCGAGGGCAAGAUCGUCUCCUGGACCGCCGCCGAGGGCGACCGCCUCGCCAAGGGCGACCCCGUCGUCGUCGUCGAGUCCGACAAGGCCGACAUGGACGUCGAGACCUUCCACGACGGCUUCCUCGCCGCCGUCCUCGUGCCCGCUGGCGAGUCCGCGCCCGUCGGCUCCGCCAUCGCGCUCCUCGCCGAGUCCGAGGAGGAGAUCCCGGUCGCCCAGUCGCAGGCCGCCUCCUUCUCCUCCAGCUCCCCCUCGCCGCCGCCUCCGCAAGAAACUGCUGCUGAAGAAGCGUCCCUUACGCCGCCGCCACCUCCUCCCCCGGCGCCGGUGGCAGUCUCUGCUCCCGCGCCGCCUUCGCCAGCAACACGAGGCGGGGGGCGCGUGGUUGCUUCGCCCUACGCCAAGAAGCUCGCCAAGGACCUCGGCGUUGAUCUUUUCUCGGUCACGGGGUCAGGCCCCGGCGGGCGAAUUGUGGCCAAGGAUGUCGAGGCUGCGGCUGCGCCCAAGAAGGCCGCACCAGUGACUGCUGCACGGCCGGAUGUGCCGUUGGGGUCGACGGUACCAUUCACGACAAUGCAGGGUGCUGUCAGCAAGAACAUGGUGGAGAGCCUUGCCGUCCCGACAUUCAGGGUCGGGUACACCAUCACGACUGAUGCUCUUGAUCAGCUCUACAAAAAAAUUAAGUCAAAGGGGGUUACAAUGUCAGCACUGUUGGCUAAGGCGACGGCAAUGGCUCUGGUUCAGCAUCCUGUGGUGAACUCCAGCUGCAGGGAUGGGAAGAGCUUCACAUACAGCAGUAGUAUCAACAUUGCUGUGGCAGUGGCCAUAGAUGGUGGGUUGAUUACGCCGGUUCUUCAAGAUGCUGAUAAGCUUGACAUUUAUUCAUUGUCAAGGAAAUGGAAGGACUUGGUUGAUAAGGCACGGGCAAAGCAGUUGCAGCCCCAUGAGUACAACUCUGGAACGUUUACUCUUUCGAAUCUUGGUAUGUUUGGAGUUGAUAGGUUUGAUGCAAUACUGCCACCUGGAACUGGAUCCAUCAUGGCCGUUGGGGCAUCAGAACCGACCAUUGUUGGUACAAAAGAUGGUAGAAUUGGGAUCAAGAACCAAAUGCAGGUAAAUGUUACUGCUGAUCAUCGGAUUAUUUAUGGAGCUGACCUUGCUGCUUUUCUGCAAACACUUGCCAAGAUAAUUGAGGAUCCCAAGGAUCUCACGUUCUAA